AUGUCGUCCACAGUCACCCUCACUUACACUCGGCCGAGGCGCUUGUCCUUGUCGUUAUUGGCAGCACACACACCACCACCGCUGCUGGAUCUACCAGCAGAACUCAUUCUCGAUGUCUUAGAGUUGUCGUUGAAGGAUAACAAAGCCAGCACGUUAGCAGUUGUCUGCAAGACCAUCUGCAGUUUUGUGGAUGCAAUUCUUUACCGCAAAGUUGUCCUUAAUUCCAAGGAUACCAUCAGCCUCUUCCACAGAACCACCCUCUCGAAGCCACCCAGUUUCUUCGCGACACACGUCAACAAACUUAUCUUGACAUAUAAUGCGUCUCCCGAUAGCAUCCAGUUUCGUCGCGUUCUGGACAUCACAUCCACAUGCUCUGGACUCCGAUCAUUGGUCUUGCCUUCCGGCUACAAAAAAGGCGCUAUCGAAUCCAUAAUUCAUUCCACCAGAGGCGACAAUCUCGCCGAGAUCCUCAUACACUCACACGAAGGAUUACGGAGUCUUUACAAUGAUAUUGAUAUUCCGGACGCGCCGUUGAGGGAUCUCAGCUAUACGCUCCCCGUGACCCACCUCCGAAUCAGUGAACCAGGUGAUGGUUUCGUCUCACCAUGUUCCUUCUUGUCUGCCAUUGGACCCCUGCCCCGCCUAUCUCACUUGCAACUCUCUCGCCGUAUCAAUUCCAACGAGGACAACGAUCAAGUCUUCGUCCAUGAUGUUGACUACAUACUUCGAAGUCAACCAGAAUUGCAGAUGCUGGUCGUCUCCGUCUUUCCUUUGACCUGGGCACCGAUGUCAGUUUCGGAUAUCCCUCAGAGCAGUAUUUGGUUCAUGAUGGAAGACCUUUCGAAACGGGAUGCUAGACUUGUGGUCAGGCAAGGCGAACCUAAGGAAUGGAAGAUUGAGUGGAAUGGUGUGCGAAGGGCAAACCUUGGAGAGAUUAGAGACUUCUGGGCCGCUUCGAAAUACAAGGAUUCUAAUACCAUCUAG